CGCCUGGACGCAUGGACCUUCCUGCUUGCCUGCUGCCCGCUUGGUCGCUUGUGAGAAUUGAAACUUGACAGUCUGAUAGCGACAGGCGGCAUGUGAGUGUACCAAAACCAUCAGAUCAGGAGGAUUCUCGGGUCUUUACGGUGCAGAAGUUUAGUCUCGCAUUAACUAAUCGAUCAGGUUAUCCGAUUGGGAAGGAAGCUGCAAAACUGCGCGAGAAGAUAGAUGCGGUGGAAGGGGAUUUGAAGUCGCUGGGCCAGACCUUCCAAUGCAAGGGACUGGAGAUUAUAACUCCAACACCGCCUGGUGAUUGAAGUAGCUGUCACUGGAGGAGCUCUGCGUAUUCGAAUCCAAUCUUUGGGGGUGGAAGAAUACUUGUCACUCAAUACUAAAUCGUAAUAAGGUUUGGGAACGAGUGUAGCAUGAGUGCGGUUUUGGCGACGUCCAGGUCGGAAUUGGAGUUGGAUCGACCCAAUCUGGAAGACUAUCUCCCCACUGGAUCUAUCCAUGAGCCUCUCGGCAAGCUUUGCCUUCGAGAUUUACUGGACAUUUCGCCUACUUUGACUGAGGCCGCUGGUGCUAUUGUUGAUGAUUCUUUUACCAGAUGCUUCAAGUCUAAUCCUCCCGAACCUUGGAACUGGAAUAUCUAUUUAUUUCCUCUGUGGUGUUUGGGUGUUGUAGUCAGAUAUGGACUUCUUUUCCCAUUAAGGGCAAUUGUUUUGACAAUAGGAUGGAUAAUAUUCGUGUCGUGCUAUAUUCCUGUGCAUUUUCUCCUCAAGGGCCACAAUAGGCUACAGAAAAAAUUGGAGCGAGUUCUGGUAGAGUUGAUAUGCAGCUUCUUUGUAGCUUCAUGGACUGGCGUAGUCAAAUACCAUGGUCCACGGCCUAGCAUUCGUCCUAAACAGGUUUUUGUCGCAAAUCACACAUCUAUGAUUGAUUUCAUCAUUUUAGAACAGAUGACUGCCUUUGCUGUCAUCAUGCAGAAACAUCCUGGAUGGGUUGGAUUUUUGCAGAGCACAAUUUUAGAAGGUGUAGGAUGCAUUUGGUUUAAUCGUUCAGAGGCUAAAGAUCGUGAAAUUGUUGCUAGGAAGCUUAGGGAACACGUUGAAGGGGCUGAUAAUAAUCCCCUUCUUAUAUUCCCAGAAGGAACUUGUGUGAAUAACCACUACACUGUCAUGUUCAAGAAGGGUGCAUUUGAGCUAGGCUGCACAGUUUGCCCGGUCGCAAUAAAGUACAACAAAAUCUUUGUUGAUGCCUUCUGGAAUAGUAAAAAGCAAUCUUUCACUACACACCUGCUGCAAUUGAUGACCUCAUGGGCUGUUGUAUGCGAUGUUUGGUACUUAGAGCCUCAAAAUCUAAGGCCCGGUGAGACGCCAAUUGAGUUCGCAGAGAGGGUGAGGGACAUCAUAUCUAUUAGAGCAGGUGUUAAGAAGGUUCCUUGGGAUGGAUAUUUAAAAUAUUCUCGCCCCAACCCAAAGCACCGAGAGCGGAAGCAACAGAGUUUUGCAGAUUCAAUUCUCUGCCGCUUGGAAGAGAAGUAGAUGUUUUCUGGCCUGUUGGGGGGAUGUUGGAACGAAUGAAAUAUUUAUUCAUGUUAAAAUAAUGAGGAUAAAUGAUGAGUGCACAAAUUCCAUUGUUAUUUUGGGAAUAAAUAUUUUGCUUCGUUAACCAUUGAGCAAAUACGUGAUAAAUAGUUAACAUAAAUAUCUUGUGUUUUAGUUUUUUGGUCAGGAUACACAUCGUGCCGUCUUAUAAAGAAGAAAAAGAUAACACCUUCAGCACCAGCCGCCAGGAUUGUUAGGUUUUUCGCAUUGAUGUUCAACUUAUCUCAAGAAUAUUGUCAUUGUGAGCUAGUUUGGCAACUUCAUGUUUGUUAUGGUAUAAUUUGAAAUACAUAGCCAAUGGCAUGUAUUAACUGAAGAAAAGUUUCUGAAUGGAAUGCAAAGUUAAAGAAUUUUUGAGUGAAAUGGGGUGUGACGUCCAAGUCUUUUGAAAAUAGGGUGUAAAAUCCAAUAUCACUCAAAAAAUGAGGUGCAAAG